CCUGGGUAAUAGAGCCAGUUACUUCCUAGUUUUUGUAACAAGUGAUCACAAGGCUGUGGGUGUUGUUGUAACAAACGUCUGAAACGAAACUCUGAACACCAGGCUGAGAAACCAGCAGGUCCGGCAGAAUCUUCUCAUACGAAGGGUUGGUAAAGGACUUGUGCAGAUUAUCCCAUAUCUGCUGAAACAUCAGUAAUCAGCAACUGCAAGAACUCACAGAACCAAAUCUGUGACAUGGCCCAAGUGGUUCAGAGCGGGGAGUUCCGUCCUGUCCAACUGGGGGGGCAGGAGCCCUCUGCACCUGAAGUCGAAAAGGAUCCUGACAACAAACAGGCACAAGAAUUAAAAGACCAGAGUCAGAAAACUGAAUCUGAUAUUUCUAACCAAAAGUUUCUCCUACGGAAAUUUUUUGUUGCUAGGCCAGGAGCGUUUGACCAAGCUGUCAAUGAUUUAUCAAAUCAGGUGGUGGCAAAAGACAACGAACAUGUCCUCAGUUCCUGGCUAUUGGCAGAAGUUGAUCACUGGAAUAAUGAGAAGGAGCGCGUUGUACUUAUCACAGAGAAAAACCUUUUUAUCUGCAAGUAUGACUUCAUUAUGCUCUGCUGCCAACAGAUCCAGAAGAUCCCUCUCAACUUCAUAGACCGGAUAUGCACUGGGCCAUUCACAUUCCCCCCUAAAUCUCUGGAUAAGAGAGAAGGAGAAGGGCUCCGUAUGUAUUGGGAUAAAUUGCGUGAGCCAUCGUUUGUGUCUCGUUGGAAUCCUUUGUCCGGGGAUCUACCAUACACUACAUUCAUUGAACACCCGCUGAAAAACUGCACUGAACAAUUCACCAUCAUUUGCCAGAUGUCGAGUUUCCAUGAUAACCUGGUAAAAGCUGUCCAGUCCGCACAUGACCAGACUCCAGUGCCAGGCCGUGCCAAUGGGGUCCUGAUCUUAAGCCAACCUCUUUUGAUUGAAACAUAUGUUGGGUUCAUGUCAUUUGUCGGAAACCGCAACAAACUUGGCUAUUCACUGGCAAGAGGCAGCAUUGGGUUUUAAUUAAAUUAUUGUCUGUUAUAUUUUAAAUGUUUAAAUUGCAAUGCAUUUUUAAUGAUCUCGUACAACAGCCUUACAAUAAAAAUAAAGAGGUAGAAACCAGACAUUUGCAAGCUUAGACUGAUACAUCAUUAGCGGAAGCAUUUCUAUAUGAUGCAAACAACACUAAAAAUUGUUUCACAACCUGUCUUAUUUGCUGUGUAGCCUGUUUAAGUCAAGUAUGAUUGCCAAAAGCAAGACAAGCAUCUCAUGUUAUAAUGCAAGAUUUUUUUUUCAAUAGAUUUUCUUAAAUCCCAUCCCAGUUCACAUUAAUUAACCUUGUAUGGAUUGUUUUCUCAUGAAAUGUAGCAUUGCUUUGAAAGUUUUAUAUUUAAGAGACCUACCAAAGGAGUGAAGUUUACAAGAAAGGAUUGUUACCGGUGGUUGCAAUUUGUGUGCAAGAAACCAUGUUUAACAAACUGAGAACAAAGCCAUAAAUAGACAGGCUGCCUGAGGCCAAUACAGAAAAUAAAUCCAUGUAUUUUGGGCUAUUUUAUGUGAUAUUAUGACUGCUAACAGUUUUCUAACUCAGCUUUAAAUUGAAAUUACUUAUAUCUUUCUGAACAAUAUUUAAGAUGGGCUUUCAUUUUUGUACUCAAUGUUAAGAGCACUCAUUGAAAAUGCAAUAAACAUCACACUGUUUCCUGCUGAA